AUGGAAGGCCUCUAUAACCCUACUGGUCGUGGUUUUCUUGAUAUCGUAGCCCAGUCGAUGGAUUUUAUGAUUAUUGACCAUACGAGCAAGUUACAACAGGAGGAGCUACGUUCCGGUGCCACGCCGAUGUUUGCAUCAAUUGAAAUCAAUCUGAACUCAAUUUGUCUAACUGAAGGAAAGCCUGAGCUUGGAUUUCUCAAUCCCUUACUUUACAGCCUUCAGGGAGCAGGUUUCAACGACAUUAUCCACGGUUGCUCGGGAGGAUGCACUGGCAAGUCUACCGCUUCCGGUCUAUCCGCGCCACAUACUCCAGGAGCGGGGUGGAAUGCAACUGUCGGAUGGGACCCUGUGACAGGAUUAGGGACGCCGGAUUUUGGAGCGUUAGCAGAGCUGGUGAGAGCUUUAUGA